CUCGGAGAGAGAGGAGGCUCGCUUCCUCGCGUGAAUUCGUCGAGCUGUCGAGGAACGGAGGCCCGAGAGAGAGAGAGAGAGAGAGACGAAGAUGAUCAUCGUGAGCAGCGUGUUGCUCCUGCUGGCGGUCGUGUCGAGAGUGGGAUGUCAACGAAACCCCAUUCCCAGAAGCGCCAGAGCGAGCAGGAACGAGGCGGCGUUGGAGUUCGAGUGCCCCGAGGAAUUCGGAUAUUACCCUCAUCCGCGUGAUUGCACCCAGUAUUACGUGUGCGUGUUUGGCGGAGCUUUGCUCGAGUCCUGCACGGGAGGAUUGAUGUACAGCCACGAGUUGCAGACAUGCGAUUGGCCACGUAACGUAGGCUGUCCCGAAGGCGGAUCUCCCAUUAAGGAAGCCGAGGAAGAUCCGCUGUUGGAAAGAUCGGCGAAGAUCGAGACCCUUCAGGAGCAGCAACGGGCCCAGCAACAGAUCAGGGAGCCGCAGCAGCAACAACAACAGAGGCGCGAGCAUCAGAUACAGGCUCAGCAGCGCACGAUUCAGAGGCAAUCGAUCUCUGCAACGACCACCCCGUCCCCCGUGGCGCAGAUCACCGAAAAGCAGAUCCGUCAGAGGCAACAGGCGAGGACCAACUAUCACGAGGACGAGUACGAGCCGGCCUCGGAGGUGGAGAGCGACAGGCAGCAACGAGUCUACAGGGGGCAACCCUCGACGAUCGGCCAGGUUCAGAGGGAUAGGGAUGGUUUGAGAAGGAACGUGAUCUCGGAAAGGGAGAAGGAGAGCCUGGUGAGCACGCGUGCCCAAACGGAAGCCCAUUACAGGACACAAGUACCAUCCUCCGAGUCUCCAAGGGUGGCCAAGAUCCUGGCAUCCACGGCCGCACCGGUCAUCUCUAAAUCGUACUACAACGACCCGGACCAGAGUUAUCCGUACUACACAAUUUACGACGACGACGUGUCCAUUUAUAAGGACGAUGAUUACAACCAAUACACGGUGAAUCAAUCGGUGCCCGUUCAACCGAGCGUCAAGAUCAGCGAGGUGAGCGCGAAGCAGUAUCAAAAGCCGAAAAAGGUGGCUGUGAACGAGGCGGACAAGUACAAUCUGAACCAGGACGUCACGGUGCAGGACUACGAUAUCUACGAGAAUCAGGCUCAGCUCAACAAGAACAAGUUCCGCAUUACCGAAGGCCAGUCGUUCAGGCCGAACGUGAUCAGCCAUCCAGUUGUCCACGUGACUACUCCAAACGCCAUCGUAGACACGUUCAUCCCGUUGACCACGACCACGCAGCUUCCGACCACCACCAACAGGCCUUACACGGUCAACGCACCCAGCCGAGGUCGCCCGCAGCAGAUCCAUCGUGGCACGGCACCACCACGAUCGCGGCCAACCUUGAAACCGUCGACCGAGAUCGUGUCGAAAGCGCAAGAGUUCGUCGACAUCUACAGGUAUCCUCCAUCGAGGCCGGCGCCGAUUUACCCGACCCCGCAGGUCGACAAACCGGCGGCCAAGUGUCGCAAGGACGUUUGUCUUCUUCCUGAUUGCAGCUGCGGCGGUGGCGACAUUCCAGGUGGAAUCCCGGUCGAACAGACGCCGCAGAUCGUUCUUCUGACGUUCGACGACGCCGUGAACGACCUGAACAAACCAUUGUACACCGAUCUAUUCGAAAACGGACGUAAAAAUCCGAACGGUUGCCCGAUCACGGCCACGUUCUACGUUUCGCACGAGUGGACCGAUUAUAGCCAGGUGCAAAACCUUUACGUGGACGGCCACGAAAUGGCAUCGCACACCAUCUCGCACAGUUUCGGCGAGCAGUUCUCUCAGCGAAAGUGGGCUCGAGAGGUUGCGGGGCAACGUGAAAUUCUCUCCGCUUAUGGAGGCGUGAAGCUGGAGGACGUGAGAGGAAUGAGGGCCCCAUUCUUGUCGGUCGGGGGGAACAACAUGUUCAAGAUGUUGUGGGACACGAACUUCACGUACGACUCGUCCAUGCCGAUUUACGAGAACCGACCGCCCAGCUGGCCCUACACCUUGGACUACAAGCUGUUCCACGACUGCAUGAUACCUCCGUGCCCCACCAGGUCUUAUCCAGGCCUGUGGGAAGUUCCUAUGGUGAUGUGGCAGGAUCUGAACGGGGGUAGGUGCUCGAUGGGAGACGCGUGCAGCAACCCGCCUACCGCCGAUGGUGUUUACAAGAUGCUGAUCAAGAAUUUCGAGAGACAUUACACGACCAACAGAGCGCCGUUCGGAUUGUUCUAUCACGCGGCAUGGUUCACCCAGCCCCAUCACAAAGAGGGUUUCAUUUCGUUCCUGGAUACGAUAGUAGCGAUGGACGAUGUGUGGAUCGUGACUAAUUGGCAGGCGAUCCAAUGGGUGAGGAAUCCCACGCCGUUGCCCCUGUUGCACACGUUUGAACCGUUUGGAUGCAACUAUCCGGAUCGGCCGAAGAAGUGCAACAACCCGAAGGUGUGCAAUCUAUGGCACAAGAGCGGGGUGAGGUACAUGAAGACUUGUCAAACGUGUCCGGACAUCUAUCCGUGGACGGGCAAGACCGGGAUACGAAGCAGUCGCAUCGACAACGACGUCGAUGCGCACGAAUGAGGGGGGAGGGGGGAGAGGAAAGAGGGAUCGGUGUUCCGUGCGAUCGAGGCCCACCCAGCCGGAGUGAAGCGUAGCAGCGCCAACUGAGGAGGAGAUCGUGAUAUUUUUCACAGCGAUUCGAUUCAAAUCCCGCCCCUUAUUUCUCUCUUCACUUCAGCCGAACGAAACGUAUAUCCAGCUCGAGUACGCCAACGAAAUCGAAAGAAAGGAAGAAAAGGAAGGAAGGAAGGAAGGAAGGACCAAUCACGCCCAGCCAACACUGUUCCCCUUCUUUUCCGUAGGAAAGAAAUCGCGAAGGAACGAGAGCGCCACGCGAUGGAACCUAAUAUAACCUAAAUAAACUUGCUUACGCGCAUGCACAGUAGGAACAAAUGCGAUCGUAUCCGUUUUUUCUUUUCUUUUCUUUUCUUUCGAAACACGAACAUGCGACGAACACCGAACUCUCUGCGUUCUGAUAAACAAAAAAGAAAAUUGUGUGCAACGUGUGCUUGUCGUAUAUUAUAUUAAUAUACGCCGGAAGCGUAUUUUCAACAAACUUCGUUGUGUAUCGAUAUGGUGUAAAUCGAUUAAAAUUUAUUUCGAUCGAUUUCUUCAGUUUUUCUUUCUUAUUUUUUGUUAUCCGGCGAAUAGUGAAUAAAACGUCGAAUGGAGUAUUUUGUAAAGAUUUUUUUUUUCCAAUCAAGAAAAAUGCAUGUAUCGCAUUAACGCAACAGAUCAAUUAACUGUAUUUGUAUACGUUGACAAUGAUACUUCUUCGUUUUUUUCUUUUUUUCUCUAUUUCUAUGAACGUGAUGCGAGAUAUAGGAUUGCGCUAGAAACUCGUACAACUCGAGAAAUUGGUCGAUGUUAUUGUGCUCAAAUCGAACCAAAUUCGCGAUUAUCUUUUUCCCGCGCGCUUCUUUUCUUUUCUUUCUUCUUUUCUUUUUUUUUUUUCACUUUCUCUCAUCUUACUUGUCUCAACUUCGCCUCGAUCCUUUAUCUCGUUCAACUGGAAGCUUGUAUCCUUGGCGUACUCGGCCGAUAGACGAAUUAAUUAAUUAAUUAUAAAGUAUAUAUCGUGGAUGUACAAACGCAAAGAAAUAAAAAAAACUGGUCGCGAGAGGUUUCCUAAAAUCGAUCUGGAGGUUCAUUACGCGCGGAGGUCGCCUUGCGGACGAGAGAAACGAACCGAGAAAGAACGAGAGCGUUCACUUUUGAACCAAGUAUCAAUGUACACACGAGGGGAUCGUCGUGUAUACGUUUUUUUUUUUAGACCCUGAAACCGUAAUACGCCUUCUUCAAUCAAUAAAUAUUUCGCUACAA